AGGAACAUCUGUGAAACUGCUCGGGCUAUCGAGGGUAUGCAUAUCCAAAAAGCCACCAAGUAUUUGAAUGAUGUCACUUUGCAGAAGCAGUGUGCGGUGUUCCCUUGUUACAAUUGUGGAGCUGACCCUAGUCACACUUGGAGAUGAGGAGGGGAAGGUGUCUACUGCGAGAUGGAUGUGGGCAGCAAAGAGGUCCUGAUGGAGAGCCCGCCGGACUACUCAGCAGUCCCUGGGGACCGGUUCCGAAUCCCCUGCUGUCUUGGGAAGAUCAAACGCCUUCUCAUCGUGGUCGUGGUCCUUGUUGUCGUGGUGAUUGUUGGGGCCCUGCUCAUGGCUCUUUACAUGAGCCAGAAACAUACUGAGAUGGUCCUAGAGAUGAGCAUCGCGGGGCCGGAAGCCCAGCAACGCCUGGCCCUGAGUGAGCGUGUGGGAACCACUGCCACCUUCUCCGUUGGCUCCACUGGCAUCGCGGUGUAUGACUACCAGAGGCUCCUGAUUGCCUACAAGCCAGCCCCGGGAACCUGCUGCUACGUCAUGAAGAUGGCUCCGCAGAGCAUCCCAAGUCUUGAGGCUCUCACUAGAAAAUUCCAGAACUUCCAGGCCGAGCCCUCAGUACCUACCUCUAAGCUGGGCCAGGAGGAGGGCCGUGACGCCAGCUUGGCAUCCUCUGGGGACCUGGCCUUCCUGGGCAGCACCAUGAGCACCCUGUGUGGCGAGGUGCCCCUCUACUACAUCUAG